AUGUCCCGAUUUCAAAAUAUCAUCGACCCACCACCCGACGCUGCUUUCUCUCUGGUAGAAGCAUACGCACGAGAUACAUUUCCGCAGAAAGUCGACUUGUGCCCUGGAUUCUAUCGUGAUGAGAACGCGCAACCUUGGAUACUUCCUUCAGUUACCCAAGCAAAGAAGCUUCUGCACGACGACCCAACCAUCGACCAUGAGCAUCUGCCUCUUUCCGGCCAUCCUGGUCUCGUGUCAGGUGCAAGGCGACUAGUCUUCGGUACCGAAAAUAUUGAUGCACUCGACCGAAUUGCCUCUAUCCAGACUAUAGGAGGAACCGGAGCAAACCACCUGGGAGCGCUGUUCUUGUCCAAGACCCUUCGACCUGCGAACGCCUGGAUUCCUGACCCGAGUUGGAUCGCACAUCCCCAGAUCUGGGAACAGCUGGACAGCAGUACUAGCGUCUGCUUCUAUCCGUACUUCAACAAGAAAGACUAUUUGUUGGACUUUGGUGGCAUGGUCUAUACUUUGCGGAACGAAGCAUCUGAGAAUGAUGUCGUGGUACUGCACGGCUGCGCUCAUAAUCCGACAGGCAUUGAUAUGACUGAACAACAAUGGAAGGAAGUCGCCGCUAUUUGCGCGGAAAAGCGUAUAUUUCCUCUCAUAGAUCUUGCAUAUCAAGGCUUUGCCACGGGAGACCUUGACAAUGAUGCCUCGCCUAUCAGAAUGUUGUUGAAGCGCGGGGAUGUCGAGUUCGCCGUGGCACAAUCGUUCUCGAAGAACUUCGGCCUAUACGGUGAGCGUGUCGGGGCACUGCAUCUCGUUACACUCUCAGGCCAAGCCAAGACCAAAGUGAUCGGACAGUUAGAGCGACUGCAGAGAUCGGAGAUAACGACUGCUCCGUCAUACGGUGCUAGGAUUGUCUCGAUUGUUCUGCAAGAUGAGGCCAUUGGCCGACAAUGGCAACAAGACUUGCUUCAUAUGAGUGGCAGAAUGCAAGCCAUGAGGGAAAGUUUGUACGAGCUGUUGACGGAGCUCAAAACACCAGGCUCCUGGGAGCAUCUUGUGUCUGAGAAGGGAAAGUUCUCCCUCACUAGUAUUUCUCGACAACAGGUCAACAUACUGAGGGAGAAGUACCAUGUGUACAUGCUACCCUCAGGGAGGAUUUCGGUCACUGGAUUGACGGAGUUCAAUGUGAAAUAUGUUGCCGAGUCUUUUAACAGUGUGAUAAGAGAAACUGCCUCCUUCUAA